AUGAAGGUACAAUACUGGAUCGGUGUGAUAGCAGCUAUUUUAUGUGCCGUGUGUGUGUAUUCGCCCAUUUUCUUGUACUUCCUUCUGUUCGUCAUCUACUCGCUGGUACUGAUUACUGUCGCGGUGUUUGGUACCAUAUAUGUGCAUUACAAACUGACGAACCGUGAAUCAGUCACCUACGUCAGCCAAGGUCAAGACGAUCAAACAAACGUCCUUUACAAUGCCACCAGAUCAUCGCUGUUUGGACAAGGUUCUCCCGGAGCAUCUCCAACGUCACGUGCAUUUGGUGGACGUGGUUCGACCGGUAGUGGAAGCACCAGCACUGCUCCGGUCAGUACCGGUCAGUUGCCAAUCAUUUUUGGCCGCACGGUUGACGGAUUGCUACAACAGAUCAUCGACAACACGAUGCGGGAUCUGGUAGGACCGGCACUAGAGACAGUGGUGGCGAACCCACGCCGCAUCGUGGAGUUGCUUCGCGAGGACAUUUGGCUCGGUAUAGAGAAGCUGCAUGAACGAGCUGCCCGCAUCGAUGCACCGAAGCUGAUAGCCUGUGAUUUUGUGCAGAAAGUAACGAUGCAUUUGCAAAAGAUUCGCCGGUCGGGGAAGGUUGAAACAACACCGGAAGUGUUUGCUAAUGGUACACACGAAUCGAUUUUGACCGCAUCCUACCUGGCUACGGCAGAGAAAGAGCUUGACUUUUUAAAAAAGAUUAGUGAAAUACUGAUUAUAUUUCUUCUGCCGCGAGGGUACUCCCUUUCGCCCGUCAAGGAUUUGCUCAGCGAAGUGAUCGCCUAUCGUGUGCUUCAUCCAGCGAUACGUUACCUGACGGCACCGGACUUUAUCAACCAACAGAUCGUGGAGUGUAUCGAGACGCGGCUGGUGGCGGUUGCAAUACAAAAGCGUAGCCACGAAUAUGCCGCCAACUUUGAGGAUUUUUUACGCAUCAUCGACAUGACGCAAACGACCGACGAGCUGCAUUCGAUACGGGCAAGCAUUGUGAGUGACAUUCGACAGGCGUCGACCAUGCAGGCGAUGCAGCGGGCCCGCGGUGGGUUUGCAAUGCCACCAGUUGAUUCAUCCAGCACAUCCAACGCAUCCGGUACGGCUGAAAACGGGGGGCUCAGCGAUGGUGAACCAGCGGCAACGCUCCGGCUAAAGCGUUACAUCCAGCAACUGUCGUUUGCUAAGAGCCAGUGCGAAAAAUGUCUGACACGGCUUGGUUGGGAGGGAUGCGUGAGCAAUGAUGUAGAUCUGGCCCUUGCAGACAUCCUAUCGACGGUGGCAGGUCGACGUGCUUUAACCGCGUUUCUGGAGCCGAUGAAUGCUGCCAGUCUGGUUGGGUACUAUACAACCGUGGAGGAACUGCGCCGUGCCGCUCGUUCCGCAUGGCAUCAGCUCGGGGCGGAGAUUUUCUACACGUACAUCCGGGCCCCUAGCUCGGAGAUUCCGCUGGAUAAAGUGACGCGCAAGCGUAUGGAAGCGUUUCUGGUCGGUGACGUCGGCGGCCCGGACGUGUUCUACGAGGUGCAGCGCGAGUGUUUGGCACUGUUGGAGCAAAAGUAUUAUCAACCGUUCCUGCUGAGCGAUGAGUAUGUGCGGCUGAAAAGCUCGCUGACGCAGGAUGAGUUUAAGGAGAUCAUUACAUCGUGCGGUGGUAAUCCGGCGGGCAGCAUGGAUGUGGGUGGUGAAUUGAGUGGUUCACUGCAGCACGCCAGCCACGAUAGUCAGGAAAGUCAGGAGAGUGGUGGUAGUGUGGUGAAUGGUGCCGAUGGUGCCACCGACCCAGCGCUAGCAGACCUCAGCAACCAUUCGCAGUACGCGCGCAACAAGCUGGAUCGUUUGGACGAGAAGCUGGCGAACAAGCAGCAAGCGCUGGAAGCGUUAAAGCAAUCGCUAAAACCGGACUCAAAGCUGUUGCUGAUGUUGGAACGGGAGAUUGAAUGGUUACGGGGCGAACGACGUCAGCUCGAAUCACACUUGCUGCGCACGGCUGUUUGGGGUGAGUAUCUCGGCAGCUGGCGCGCUAUAGUGGAAAGUGUGGACUUUUCAGAUGACCGCGAACCGCCACAGUUUAUGAUCGUGGUGCAGGUGGAUGAGAUGAACGACUACGGUAGUGGGACGCGCGAUGAUACUGUGGUCAUGACCGCCCUAGAGGCUACCGACACCAUCUCGACCGGGUGGGUAGUGGUACGUUCGCUGGCCCAGUUCCACACCCUGCAUCGGAAGUUGCGCCCAAUGUGCGCGGAGCUGCGCCAGCUCGAUCUACCCUCGAACAAUGCGUUCAAGCUGUUCCUGCUCAAGAAUGAUCGCGCAUUGUUGGAAAAAGCGAAGGCACAGGUGCAACGCUACCUUAGCUUCAUUUUAGAGGAUGACCACCUGAACCAAAGUGAGGUAGUGUACGAAUUUCUAAGUCCCAGCUCCGACCGCUUGAAGCAGGGCGUAGUAGCGAACAAUCCGUCACCGUCGAAGAAACCAUCUUCCAAAUUUUCGCUAGCGACUAUAUUCCGCAGCAACAGUGACAAGCUAGAGCAGCUGUGGAAUGUCGGCGGAACGGAACGUCCGUUUGUUGGUGACCAUGACGCUUUUACGCCGGAGGAUGCCGAUCAGGUAUCGCUGUACCUGGAAGGUGUACCGGCCAGCGGAGCAUCAUCUACCGCCUCCCCAUCGAUUGACGGUGCGCCGGUGGAGGCACGUGACUCGAUCGCCGAACCACUGUACGCUCUGCUCGGGGAGAUAUUCGAUCUCGGCGGUGUCUUUCGUUGGUUGCGCAAGAGUCUGAUUUCGUUCGUGCAGAUUACGUACGGGCAGACAAUAAACCGCCAGCUGCGCGAAUCAAUCACUGCUCUGUUCGAUGAGCCAAUGCUGCACGCGUACGCCAGUGCUGUACUGCGAAGUCUGUGGCCAGGUGGUGCAUCACUGCAGACAGGCAACGGUGUUGGGGGGGUGCGAUUACUGGCACCGGAACGCACCGAGGACGAACGUGAGAUGAUCAUGAACGCCGCCCGGUCACUAUUGCAGGACAACAUACCGGAGUUGCUUUGCAGCCUGAUCGGGGCACAGAAUGCACGGCAGGGUGCACUCAAGCUGUUUGAAGUGUUGCAGAAUCCGCUCUACAACAAGCAGCUGUUUUAUGAUCUGCUCGAAACGCUUAUGCUAGAACUGUUUCCAGAGAUACGACAGCUUAAGCCUGCUGCAAACAGCAACACUAGCAUCAAUCCGAUCGUUACUGCCAGCAGUGGUGAUAGCAGCAGCAGCGCUAGCGCACAGCCGCGAGAAUAUUAUCAUCAACCAUCCGGAGCGCCGUUGUCUUCACCAACGUCAUCACCCCCAACACCGAUGGGUGGGGUCGGUUCCGCUUCCGGUACACCCAUUAGGAGCAUAUCAUAA